UUCUAACCGGAAACAGUUUUCUACAUCCGAAACUAUGUUUUAAUAAUGAUAUUUAUAAAUAGUUCCGUAAUAUUUAAGAGCUCUGUCGCUACAAGCAUACUUUUUUCUUUUGAUGAGCAAUUGAGUUGAUUACAAAUUGAAUAAAACUACUCAGAAGAAUGUUAGAAAUAAGAAUAAAUAGCUUCGAAAGCAACAGUCUUAAACAGUUGUACUUGAAACAUUCGUGGAUCAACAUGUUCUUCGGACUUAUAGGAUACUUUUUGCUUAUGCUGCAAAUAAUUCUUGUGCCUUAUUCAAAUGGUGCAGGAUGUCAAUUCGAAUGCGUGAAUCAGAAUAAGUGUCACGGGAUCAGAAAAAAAAAUAUGGUAGGUCUUGGACGAUGUGGCAUCAAUAAAGUGUGCUGCCCCAAGGGGGAAACGUAUCUGCCACACAAUACUUGUGGACAAUCAAGAAUAAAAUCUACGAUGGGCAAAAUACCGGCGCUGAAUGAGUUUCCCUGGAUGGCCAUGCUGUUAUAUGGAAAUAAAAACAAUUUGUCCGAGAAGCUGGUACCAAAAUGUGGUGGAUCCCUAAUAAACAACUGGUACGUCCUGACCGCAGCGCACUGCGUGGAUAAACCAUUUAUGGAGAAUGAAUUUGUUCUCAAGAAUGUGAGACUGGGUGAACAUAACACGUCCACAAAUCCCGAUCGGACUAUUGUGAAUGGAAUAAGUCAGUACGCUCCUGAUUAUAUGGAAAUUGAAGUGGACCAAAUUUUAUCGCAUGCAAACUUCAACGUGGGAUGGCAUAUGAUAAACGACAUAGCACUCGUGCGACUUAAGUUUCCUGUGGGCUAUACGAGAGCCAUCCAGCCUAUUUGCAUUCCGACACCCCAAAAAGUUUUGGCGCAUAAGCGCAAGUUUCAAACAGCCGGCUGGCCAGAAAUGGAACCAGGAAUUUCCAGUGAAGUACUGUUGCGCAGCUUCAUCGCGGAACGGCAUCCAGAUGUGUGCAGCAGAACAAAUUACGACUUUAAUUUCGAAAGUCAGAUAUGUGCAGGUGGUCUGGAUGGGAAUCGCACCAGUCCCGGCGAUUCCGGGGGACCCUUAAUGGAGACCGUGAUAAGUGGGAAUGUCGCAAUCACUUAUGCAGCCGGCAUAAUCUCCUACGGACAGAAAACUUACAUGCCAGAAUUUCACACAAACAAUUUAUUCUUUUGGGAAUGGAUUAACUCGAAAAUUCGAAGUGCAUUUAUCGACAGCUAUCAAUAAUUGCAAUUAAUUGGUUUUCAUUUUACAAUACUCAACGUGAAGACUCUCGGAUUUUCCUGAUUAAUCUUAAAUUGUUAUAAGGUUAUUAGAAAAUAAGCAAUUUAUUAAAUUCCUACAU